AUGAGGCUGUUCGCAGUGAUCUUCUGGCUAGGCUUGGCCCUGGCCCUGGAGGCGAGUGCCAAGAAGCCGGAUCAAGAGACCGGCCGUCUGAUUGCCUCGCUUCAAGCCGCUCCGGCUCCCUCGCCGCCACAAAGUGUAAUCUACAAGCUGCCACCGCAGCACUACUACCCGCCUCCGCCUCCACCUCCGCCGCCUAUGCACCAUUGCAACUGCCCGCCGGGACCGCCAGGUCCUCCGGGACCGCCUGGAAUACCCGGAACACCUGGCCAGCAAGGAUCGAAGGGUUCUAAGGGCGACAAAGGAGACAAGGGAGAGCGCGGCGAAAAGGGAGAACGCGGACAUCAUGGUUCUGCCGGCCCUCCCGGUUUUCCGGGUCCCAUUGGGCCGCCGGGACUUCCAGGACCUCCCAGCCACAAGGGACAUGAUGGUCAUCAUGGGCACGGUCACCACGAUCACCAUCAUCAUCAUCAUUCGCCGCCGCCGACACCAGCUCCGCCGCCGCCGCCCCCACCCCCGCCUCCACCACAUCAUCAUCACCAUCCACAUCAUCCUUACCCGCCGCCUCCACCUCCACCUCCUGUGAUCAUUCCCGUACCCAUUCCCUCUCCUUCGAAGGGCGGUGGCCAUCAUCAUCACAAGGGAUCGAAGGGACCUCCUGGUCCGCCUGGCCCACCUGGAAACGGACCUCCUGGCCCGCCAGGACCUCCCGGCAAUACUAUUCCUCCUCCGCCGCCGCCGCCUCCGCCACCCCCAUAUCCGCCAUAUCCUUACCCAUACCCUUAUCCACCGCCCUAUCCGCCACCAGGUCCGGGCGGACAACUUCCCUUCCCAGUCCCCUUCCCUGUGCCAGUGCCCUGGCCCUCUAAGGGUCACAAGGGUGACAAAGGACAUCACAAGGGUGACAAGGGAGGACACCAUCAUCACUACUAUCCACCGGGCCACAAUAAGGGAGGACACCACCCGCCACCUCAUCAUGGCGGAUACCCGCCACAUUAUCCACACUAUCCGCACGAUGGAGACAAGGGACAUCAUCACCACCCACACGACGCCACUACCCGCCCUCGCAUCAUCACGGAAAUGGAGGCCACAACGGAGGUGGACACAACGGAGGUGGACACAACGGAGGUGGACACAACGGAGGUGGACACAACGGAGGUGGACACAACGGAGGUGGACACAACGGAGGUGGACACAACUGGAGGUGGACACAACGGAGGUGGACACAACGGAGGUGGACACAACGGAGGUGGACACAACGGAGGUGGACACAACGGAGGUGGACACAAUGGAGGUGGACACAACGGAGGUGGACACAACGGAGGUGGACACAACGGAGGUGGACACAACGGAGGUGGACACAACGGAGGUGGACACAACGGAGGUGGACACAACGGAGACCCCAAAGGAGGUACUCCUCCAGUGCCUGAAAAGCCCCAUGAUAGCGGCGAACAGGUGCCGCGCGAUGAUCUUGACUUAUUAGAUGCCGACGUGGAGAUUGUCGAAAAUCUAGUCGAGGAGAAUGACAUCCCGGAGACUGCGGAAGAGAUGCCGUACGAUCCCGCUGAUUUCGAGCCCGAGGAACCCGAGGACACUGGCUAUGUCACCUAUAUUGAUAAUACCCUGGACAAAGUCGAGCCAGCAGCAUCCGUUGAAGAAGCCCCUGAAGAGGAUCCAAAUGUUAGUGCAGAGACCAAUAUGGAGAUCGCUGGAGAGGAAGAGCCCAUAGAAGAGGAGCCCGUCAUGGAGGAACAACUGGAGUUUGUACCGACAAUGGAGGAGGAACCAUCCUUCGAGGUCGAGCCUAUCGAGCAGCGAACCAACAACAAAGGUCGGCCAAUUAUCCUGGCCAUUGGAACUCCAAGAAAUCCCUUUCACAUUUAUGCCUAUGAACAGUAUGAGUCGUCCUAG